CACAACAACUUAUUUGUUUGGUAAAGUAGAAAAAUACAGCGUUCAGAGAAAAAUCAUGGGUGAAACUGAGAAGCAUAGUAGUCAUGUUGAGCUCCUUCAAGCCGAAGCUCAAACAUGGAACCACAUUCUAAACUACAUAGAUUCUGCAACACUGAAAUGUGCUGUUCAGUUAGGCAUCCCAGAUAUCAUCCAUAACCAUGCCAAACCAAUGCCUCUUUGCGACCUAAUAGCCGCCCUCCCCAUCCACCCUUCCAAGGCUCCCUACAUCCAUCGCCUCACCCGCUUUUUGGUCCACUCGGGCCUGCUUUCCCUCACAAAUUCAGGUCAACAAGAAGAGUGUUACUCACUCACACCUGCAGGCCGCCUUGUGGUCAAAGAUGAGCCCAUCAAUUUAAGGGCAUUCCUUCACAUAUGUAACGAAUAUGUUUUCCAAAAGUCGUGUUAUUCCUUGGGUGAUUGGUUCCAGAACGAUGAUCCUAGCCCGUUUUCCACUGCCCAUGGGGAGAAAAUCUGGGAUUACAUCUCCCAUGAGCCUGGGUACAAUGAUGUUUUUAAUGAAGUCACAGCUAAGGACUCGCAGUUAUUAAUGGAAGUGUUGUUGAGUGGCGAGUCUAAACGUGUGUUUGAUGGUGUUUCAUCUUUGGUGGACGUUGCUGGUGGCAAGGGUGCCGUUGCCUCCGCCAUAGCCAAAUGUUUUCCGGCCAUGAAAUGCACUGUACUUGACCUCCCACAUGUCAUAGCCAGUGUGGAUGCAGCUAGUGUUGAUAAUGUGGAAUUUGUAGCCGGAAAUAUGUUUGAAAAAAUCCCUGCUGCUAAUGCAGUGUUACUCAAGUGGAUUAUGCAUGACUGGGAAGAUGAAGAGUGCGUGAAGAUACUGAAGAAGUGCAAAGAGGCAAUUCCAAGUAAGGAAGAAGGUGGGAAGGUGAUCAUCAUAGACAUGGUGAUAGAAGAUAAAAAACAUGACCCCUGUUUUAGCAGAGCAGAACUGUACAUGGACUUGUUGGUAAUGGCUCUCUAUGGGAGCAAAGAGAGAAACAAGAAGCAAUGGGAGAAGCUCUUCACUGAAGCAGGUUUUAGUGACUACAAAAUCACUCCUGCUUUGGGUUUGAGAUCUCUUAUUGAGCUGUUCCCAUGAUAAAAAUGUGUGUGAUGUUCUUUUGUGUUGUCUUUGAUUGAAUAAAACUUGUAAGCCAUAUAAUGGCAUUUCAAUGUACUUCAUAAAUUUAUCUAUUAAAAAUUUUACUAUCUCCAUCCCGAA